CUCCCACGUCUAAAAUCACGAAAAUAAUCUAUAAUCGUCUCAAUAUACUUAAAAUCUAGUCUUCAACAUGGAAACCCACGAGGCAGCAGUUUCUGUCAUUGCUGGUCGGGUACGCCAGUUCCAUAACCGACAGCAGCCCUUUCGAAUCUACCAUGGUUCCACUAAUAGCACUCGGCGGUCCCAGUACAACCGCUCGAACAUCAUUGAUACGAGCGGUCUUACCAAUGUCUUGCAUGUAGACAAAGAGAAGAGGACUGCGUUGGUGGAACCAAAUGUGCCAAUGGACAGUCUCGUUGGCGCAACUCUCCCGUUCGGUCUUGUCCCACCUGUUGUCAUGGAGUUUCCCGGCAUAACGAGUGGCGGCGGCUUCUCCGGAACUUCUGGCGAAAGUAGCUCAUUUAAAUAUGGCUUUUUCGAUCGCACCGUUAUACGCAUCCAAAUAGUGCUUCCUAAUGGCGAGACUGUUUCGGCAUCGAGCACUGAUAAACCGGAUUUAUUCUGGGGUGCGGCCGCGUCAUUUGGAACUUUAGGUGUUAUCACCCUACUCGAGAUUCAAUUAAUAGAGGCAAAGUCUCAUGUUGAGUUGAAAUAUCACAGGCUCGGUAGCAUGCCACAGGCAGUUGAGAAACUACAGGAGGAAUCGCAGCGGGAGUCGAACGAUUAUCUCGAUGGCAUAGUUUUCGCAAAGGAUUGGAUCGUCGUCUGUUCCGGGCGCCUAGUUGAGAGUCACGGCCAAGAGGCUCUAGUGCAGCGCUUUACUCGCCGCAGAGACCCUUGGUUCUAUCUCCACGCAAAAAAGCUGACGUCUCGGCCCGCCACGAGCGCUCCUGUCACAGAGAUAGUCCCGCUAGUAGACUAUCUCUUCCGCUACGACCGUGGCGGCUUUUGGGUUGGUAUGUACGCAUUCAAGUACUUCGUUACGCCAUUCAACAGAAUCACUCGUGGCAUAUUAGAUAAAUUCAUGCACACGCGCGUCAUGUACCAUGCUCUUCACCAGAGCGGGCUUUCCAAGCAAUAUAUAAUUCAGGACGUCGCAGUGCCAUAUCCUGCCGCGGACGAGUUCGUGGAGUGGCUCGACAGCAACGUUAGCCUGUAUCCUCUAUGGUUGUGCCCAUUAAAGCAGCGGGGUCAGAGGAAAGAUUCGCCGCAGGGUCUCCUUGCUGAAGCCGCAAAUGCAGAUGCUCCGGAGUAUCUCCUGAAUUUUGGAAUUUGGGGACCAGGCCGAACUGAUCCCCAAGAAUUUGUGGAUAUAAAUCGACGCUUGGAGCAGAAGGUCAAUUCGUUAGGUGGGAAUAAAUGGCUGUAUGCCCACGCUUAUUACACUGAGGAUGAAUUUUGGAGUAUCUUCGACCGGAAGGCAUAUGAUGCUCUAAGAUCAAAAUAUGGGGCUUCAUAUCUCCCGAGCAUAUAUGAUAAGGUAAAGGUGGAUUUUGCCAGUGACCAAAAAGCCAUUAGAGAAUCAUGGCUUCUAUGGCUCGUAGCCAUUUUCUGGGGUAUUUGGCCCUUACAAGGUUUGUACGGGGUAUAUAAGGCAGCGAUUGGUGGUGAUUAUCUUCUGCCGAAAGAGAGGAUAUGGAAGGCUCAGGGAGCGAAAGAGGAUUAGGAAGCCUACAGCAACUAUCAAUUCGUAAUUUAGGUAGAGUCUUUGGUGACGGAAAAAACUAGAUAUAUUGAUAACUCAAAGCCCUUUAGAUUCUCGGAGCAUCAUCAAGCGCAUCGCGAGCAGGCUGGGCCAUCACCCCAUCUUUAACUAGCAAAUCAACAUAACGCUUAAGCCAGCUCUGGCAAUUAUCAAC